AUGGCGAGUUCAGAUGCGGGAACUUCUUCGGGAAGCGAGUACCAAGUAUUCCGGAGCUUCAGAGGACCUGACACCCGCACUGGAUUUGCCAAUGUCCUCUUCCAUAGCUUGAGCGACGCUGGAAUAUGCGUCUUUCGUGACGACGAAGAGCUCUGCCGCAGUGAAAGGAUCGAUGGGUCCCUUCUGCGAGCGAUCGACAACUCCAAGAUCUACAUACCCGUCUUCUCUCAGACAUACGCUUCAAGCCAAUGGUGCCUCUACGAGCUCGCGCAGAUUGUGGCAAACACCUUCAAAUGGGAAGGUAAUAAAGAGAUCCUACCUAUUUUCUUCGACGUGGAACCUGACGAUGUUAAGCUGAAGACUCCAUUGUAUCGCGAUGCCAUACUCAAUUUGGAGCAUGAGAAGAAGUUGAGGGAUGAGCUAGUAGAUGCGUGGAGAAAGGCUCUCAUGGAAGUCAACCCAAUAAAGGGCUGGGAAGUGAAGAAGUACAGAGGCCAUGGAGAACUGAUCAAGUUGAUAGUCGAGGAUGUCGUGGAAAAGUUGAAGAUGAAACAUAGAUUGGUGACUGAAUAUUUAGUUGGAAUUGAUGAUCAAGUAGGAGAAGUAAGCAAAUUAUUAGACGUCAACUCUGGUGGUGUGCGACUCAUUAAAAUUUAUGGCAUGGGGGGUAUUGGGAAAACUACUCUCGCCAAGGUCGUCUUCAACCAACUCUCUUCUCAUUUUGGAAAGUGUUGUUGUUUCCUUGAAGAUGUUCGAGCGAAGUCAUCAAGAUCUGAUGGCUUAGUUGAGUUGCAAAAAAAGUUGUUAUCCGAAGUCGGCCAUCGUGCGAGAACAAGUAGCAUUGACGAAAUUGAUUAUGGAAUGAAGAGGACUGGUGAAGCGCUAUGCAAUAAGAAAGUCCUCAUUGUACUUGACGAUGUUGAUAACAACAAACAAGUGGAGAAAUUAGUUGGAAGUACUACUUUCUAUUCAGGAUCCAGAAUUUUGGUCACAACUAGAAAUAAAGAUGUUUUGCUAAUCAAUAGACACAAGCAUCAAAUUUUAGAUUAUGAAAUGGAGGUGAUGAGCACUGAUUAUGCGCUUGAGCUUUUCAGUAGGCACGCAUUUAACAAAGACUCUCCUUUAGAUGAUUACAAAGAUCUUUCAAGGGAAAUCGUACGUGCUACUGAGAGACUUCCAUUGGCUCUUGAAGUAAUUGGCGCUUUUCUCUAUCGCAAACAGCAAGAACUGUGGAAAGAGACACCGAAGAAGCUAAAAAAAGCACCUCAUGAGGAUGUAUUUGGAAAGUUGAAGAUCAGCUAUGAUGCCUUAAAUUUCGAGCAACAACAAAUUUUCCUCGAUAUUGCAUGUUUUUUCAUCGGCGAAGAUAAGACUAAUGCAAUUUAUAUGUGGAGAGAUUGUGAGUUUUUCCCGGACACCGGAGUUGCUGUUCUCAUUAGCAUGUCUUUGAUAAAGAUUAUGGAGAACAAUAAGUUUUGGAUGCACGAUCAACUCAGAGACCUUGGAAGGGAAAUUGUUUGUUUAGAAAAUCCAAUGAUUCCUGAGCAGCGGAGUAGGAUAUGGAUUUGGAAGGAGGUCCUUGAUGCAUCAAGAACAAAGGAGAGCUGCAACAGGCUACGGGUUGUCGAGGGCGUCGAUGAGUUGGAGCUUCUGGGCCAACUAAUAUUUUCUAGUUGCAGAUCGUUGGAAAGGUUGAUGGAUGCAUCAACCACCAAACUGCCGAAUGACUGCAACGUGAUUAUCUCCAGAUGCGGGAGACUAGGUGGGGUUAAGAACAGAUUCGAAGGCUCCGUCCAGUCCUUCAAGCAUUAUAAGUUCGAUAAAAAGCCACUUCAAACAGGAACUAAAGCAAAUCGACCAUUCAAGCACGGGGUAGAGUUGAUUUCUGCUAAUUACUUAACAUUUAAUGCGUAG